AUGUCCCGGCCCAGUAGCAGAGCCAUUUACCAGCACCGGAAGGAGUACUCCCAAAGCCUGGCCUCAGAGCCCACCCUCCUGAAGCACAGAGUGGAGCACCUGAUGACAUGUAAGCUGGGAACCCAGAGAGUCCGAGAGCCCAAGGAUGCCCUGCAGAAGCUGCAGGAGAUGGAUACGCAGGGUCGAGUGUGGAGCCAAGACUUGAUCCUGCAGGUCAAAGAUGGCUGGCUCCAGCUGCAGGACAUCGAGACCAAGGAGGAGCUGGACUCAUACCGCCUGGACAGCAUCCAGGCCAUGGAUGUGGCACUCAAUACUUGCUCCUUCAACUCCAUCCUGUCCAUCACAGUGCAAGAGUCAGGCCUGCCAGGCACCAGCACUCUGCUCUUCCAGUGCCAGGAGGUUGGGGCGGAACAGCUGAGGACCAGCCUACAAAAGGCCCUGGAGGAGGAGCUGGAGCAGAGACCCCGAUUUGGAGUUCCUCACUCAAGGCAGGACAGAUGGAGGGGGCCUCCUCUAGAAAGACCACUCCCCCCGGAGCAGGUGGCCCCUCUGGAGCGGCCACACCCUCCGGAGUGGAGGCCCCCCCUGGAACAGCCCCACCGGAUGACCCCGGAGCACAGCAUCCCACUAUCCCCACCGGUGUCCCGCCACCCCAGCAUGCGUGAACCAAGAGCCUUCACGCCACCUCCUCCCAGGCGCUCCCCACCCCCCGAAGACCCAGAGUGGUAUAAGGAGGUGCUGAACCAUGUCCUAAGUGACAUCGAGCUGUUCGUGGGAAAAAUGAAGGAGACCCAGGCUAAGAUCACAUAUAACAAGAAGAGGAAAUUUGGGAAAAAGAAGGACAAAGGCCAGAAUGGGGUGACACCGGCGGAGUAUAUCGAGUGCUUCCAGAAGAUCAAGUACAGCUUCAACCUCCUGGGGAAGCUGGUUGAUGAGCUGCAGGAGAUGAGUGCUCCAGAGUUUGUGCAUCUCCUCUUCCAAACCCUGAACUUGAUCCUGGAGCAGUGCCCUGAGACCCACCUAGCAGAGGAAGUGGUCUCACCCCUCCUCACCCCCGAAGCCAUCGACCUACUGCGGUCCUGCCUAAGCCCUCCUGAGAACAGCCUGUGGGAACGCCUGGGUGCAGCCUGGACCACCAGCUGGGCUAACUGGACAGGCAAUGAGCCCCCACCCUACCAACCCACGUUCUAUGAUGGCUGGCAGCCUCCAGAGCCCUCCUAUCAGGCACCCUUAGGAUACCAGGACUCUGUUUCCUCCAGGCCUUCUAGCCCCAGACCUGAAAAGCCAGCCUUGAAAAUGCAAGUUCUAUAUGAGUUUGACGCCAGGAACCCACAGGAACUGAGUGUGGUCCAGGGAGAGGUGCUGGAGGUUCUGGACCAGAGCAAGCGCUGGUGGCUGGUGAAGAACAAGGCUGGCCAGAGCGGCUACAUUCCCAGCAACAUCUUGGAGCCCCUUCAGUCGGGAGCCCCCGGAAGCCAGGACCAGUCACCCCCCCGGGGUCCAGUGCUUCGACCUACCUCAAAGCCUGAAGACGUCAUGGCCUGGCUGCAGGCAGAGAACUUCUCCGCUGCCACGGUGAAGGCCCUCGGGUCCCUGACGGGGAGCCAGCUGCUUCACAUGAGACCUGGAAAGCUACAGAUGCUGUGUCCACAGGAGGCCCCACGAGUCCUGGCACGGCUGGAGGCUAUCAGAAGGAUGCUAGGGAUGAGCCCUUAGGCACCAGCUGAGACACCUCCAAGGCCAAGGACCUCACACAUGCACAAUGGAGGCUCUGAUACCCUCUGGAGCCCUGAGACUUCCUCCUUAAGAUCCUCAGUGUGCAGCAGAUCCUACGUGCAGCUCCCGCAGCAGAGAAUGAGCAGGUCCAGUGGCCGAGGCAACUGACACCCCUUCCUGCUGUGGUGGAAGCCCUCCCACUUACUACCUAUUUAUUUUACCUCUUCCCUAAGCCUGGCGCACUUGCGCUAGGCUCGUCAGGAGUCUGUUCAGUCCCUACC